UCUGGCAAGUGGCGUUCACUGUUUGGAUCCCGGAGGAAGUGACGGGACUAAAUGAGAAAGUCAGCGGGGGUACUAAAACUACCUAAGGAGAAAUACAGUAGCUUGCGAACUGGACUUAAAAAGGCAGCGUGAGUUAACGUUGGAAAGUCUUGCGGAGAAGAGAAGGAACUGCGAUUUCGUUAGCUAAGACAAUUCAUCGCUUCCUCGUAAACAAGCGGCGACAGAGUGAAAGACUGAGGUUGCAGUCCUACACAAUUACAAGACGCAACUUCAGCCGAUGAGACUUAUUCGAGUCUUUAACUUUUACAGCAUGAUGCCCUUUUAGCGUUGCCUUAAAAUAAUGGGAGCCUGGAAAUCACCCGGAUAUUACAUUAUCACGGAUUUAUAGACGUAGCCUGAAAAACUUUGCCAAGCGAACCAAACCCCAUGUAGUCUAGCUAGCUAUCAGUAGUGUUCUGUAGAGUAGUUUUGGAAGCAUUGGCCCUUUCAGACUCGAGUUUAUUUCAGGUUUGCGUGCGUUUCUGAGUUUUUUUUCUGGAAUGUUUGCGAGGUGGAUUUUACCGGUUUCAGUUCGGAGUAAUCGAGUUCUCGUGGCACUCAUACUUUUAAUAUCGUUCAGCGUUUGCUCGGAGCUGAAGGUGCGAGUACGUUUAUCUGAUGGACAGAUAGCUGAGGAAACCCUGGAAGCAGACAGCGAAAAAGAUUCCAUCACAGUGGAGUUUAAGCAAGGGGAUGGCACGCUGAUCACUUUCGUUGCUGAUUUCAAGCGGGAUGUGAAGAUAUUCCGCUCCCUGAUCCUGGGGGAGCUGGAGAGGGGGCAGAGCCAAUACCAGGCACUGUGCUUCAUCACACGCCUCAGUCAUAAUGAGAUCAUCCCCAGCGAGUCCAUGGCCCGGCUACGACAAAAAAAUCCACAUGCAAUCCGCUUGGCAGAGGAGAGGCGGGGAGUGGAGCAGCUGACCAUGAACAUGGCAGUGAACCUAAGCAAGGCGUGGCAGCUCAGCACCCACAUCCACAAUGUGUGCAGCGAGGCCCAGGAAUCCAUCUACGCCCGUGAGCAAGAUGUCAAGCACUGGCUGGACAGAGGUGUAGAGGGCUCCAUGUUUGAGAUCCUGCCCCCAACGGUGGACACACCAGAGCUGCAGGGCUGCCCCUCCAUGCGGGACCUGUGGCAGCCAUGUGCCUGCAGUUACAGCCUGCGUCUGGAGUGGUAUCCCUGCCUGCUGAAAUACUGCCGCAGCCGCGAUGCAGCUGGCAGGAGCAGCCCAUACAAAUGCGGCAUCAAGAGCUGCAGCAAGGGCUACCGCUUUGACUACUACGUGCCCCGCAGACAGCUAUGCCUGUGGGACGAGGACACCUAGGGAACACCCUGAUCCCCACCCACCUGUCUGCCACCCCCUAGCAGGCCAGCUCUUAUUUAUUUCCUAGUUUUAAUGUUUCUGUCAGACAGAGCUGUGGUCACCUCCGGACUGUGCCUAGUGAGACGGGAGGUGAAGUACAGAUGCAGCCAUACUUUGCUCAUGGGACUCUCAUGACUCUCACUCUUAUCCCCUAAAGCUGGGGGGGGGG